AUGGGAAAAGCAACUAGUUCUUCCUCUUCUUCUAUAAGCAGCAGCAGCAACCACCACCUAGUAAUUUCCACUGCAUCAUCUCUCACACAGCUCAACACAGAAGAACUUCCUACAGAUCUUAGGCUUGGACUGAGCAUUUCCACCACUCAACAUGUUGGCUCUCCUAUUUCAAGGGGGCUAUUAAAUGAUUGCAGCGAUCAUAGCAGCUUCUUUGUGAAGGUGUACAUGGAAGGCAUUCCAAUUGGAAGAAAACUCAAUAUACUAGCUCAUGAUGGCUACAAUGAGUUAGUAAAGACUCUUGAACACAUGUUCGACACUACCAUUCUAUGGGGAACAGAGAUGAACGGAGUGCAACCAGAGAGAUGCCAUGUGCUAACUUAUGAAGACGAAGAAGGGGAUUUGGUCAUGGUUGGGGAUGUCCCUUGGGAGUGA